UGUAGUUAAAGUAUUAAAGGUUCCAUAUUUUACACUUUUAUGGUGUUUUAUUUGAAGUCUUGAUAUCCAUAAGAAGAUAUUUUUGUAGUUUUAAGUAACUUUAAAGACCUUCUCAAUAUAGUUUUACAUCUUCUCUCUAAAUCUUCUCUCUGGAGAUCGACCAGGAACAGGCUGUUUUGUGUCUGCUCAGUGCCCCCCUCUUCUGAUUGGCUGUCUGUUUUCUGAGUGACGCACGUCCAGGCCAACCACAGAGGGAUGGAUGCAGCUGAUGACAUGGAUGAAGAUGAACUUCUGGACUACAACGUUCAGAUGAGCAUUCAGGAGUCGUGUCAGAGAGGACACCUGGUGGCGUCAGGGAGGAGAGAGGCUCUGAAGCUUGUGGAUGCCAUUGAACGAGGCGACUUGUUGGCGCUGCAGGAGCUCUGUGAUUUCCCAGCAGCCUUCAGUCAGGUGGACGAGCGCGGCCUGUAUCCUCUGCACAGGGCGGCGGUUCAACCUCUGGUCUCGGUCCUGGAGAUGGUGCUGUACGCGUCUUUCAGUCUGACUCUGGAGGAGAAGUCUUUGGAGGGGGAGACCUUUCUGACUUUAGCAGUGAAAGCCGAUUUGGUGGAGAACGUGAAGAUGCUGCUGGACCACGGAGCCUCUCCUCACAACACCAACAGCAACAACGAAUCUCCUCUGCUUCUAGCAGUCCGAGCCGGAUCUUGCCAGAUGGUUUCCAUUCUGAUAGCUGCAGGAGCUCAGGUGGAGCAGGUGUGUCUGAAGAGGUGGACGGCCAUGCAUGAGGCCUCCAGGGCCGGCUGGGCUCCUGUUAUGAAGCUCCUGCUGCAGAACGGAGGUCAGGUCACAAAGACAGACCAGCAUGGAGUGACUCCUCUGGGCAUCGCUGCAGAGUACAGCCACCCUGAAGUCCUGGAGCUCCUCAUCAAAUAUGGCGCUGAUGUAAACGCCCAGGCGCCCAAUGGUGACAGCGUCCUGUACGACGCUGCAGGUUCGGGGAACCCAGACUGUAUCGACAUCCUGCUGCAACACGGAGCAAAUCCCAACAUCCACAACCUGAGCUCCCAGCUGCCCAUCCACCGAGCGGCCUACGAGGGACACUACCUAGCUUUGAGGAUUUUCAUCCCAAUCACCACUCAACGUGCUCUGCGACUGUCGGGCCAAAGCCCCGUCCACUCCGCCGCCGACGGAGGCCACAGCCACUGCCUGGAGCUCCUGCUGGAGGAAGGCUUCGACGUCAACGCGCUGUUAGCUCCUCACAUCUCUGAAAACUACGGAGACAUGAGGAGAAGCCCGCUGUACUUCACCGUCUCCAACGGGGACGCGGCAUGUACCGAGAUACUGCUGAAGUCUGGAGCCAAACAUGAUCUGGACCCGCUGCGCUGCCUCCUGGUGGCGGUCCGGUCGGGGCGCUACGAGAUCGUGAAGCUGCUGCUGGCGGCCAAAGCAGACGUGAACUGUUACUUCACGGUGGUGAACGACACCGUGUUCCCAACGGCGCUGCAGUACUGCCUGAGGGACGAGGUGAUGAUGAGGCUGCUGCUCAACAACGGCUACGACGCCGAGAAGUGUUUCCGUUGUAACCAUUACGGUUACUGGGACCACCUGAGUGAGUCUUUUUGUGCACAACGUCAGGAGAAAAAACUUGCUUUUUGUGAUUUCAUCAGCGUCUCCUGGCUGGUGAACCUGGUUGGCAGCGUCGCCUCGAUCCUCCUCGACUACGUCGGUCAAGUUUCUCUCUGCCGCAGGAUGACGAAGAUCCUGGAGAAACACAAGGAGUGGCCUCACAUUCAAAGGACCACAUGUAACCCUCGCUCUCUGUCCCAGCUGUGCAGAGUGGUGAUCAGGAAACACCUGAGCUGCAGCGACGUGAUGUCUGUUCAUCUGCCCAACAGGCUGAAGGACUACCUGCUGUUCAAAGAGAACGACCUGUACGCCAAAAUCAUCUGCAGGGAAAACUGAAGGAUUUCUCUCAGAUCUACCGAGUCUUAAAUGUCAGUAAUGACUUUGUGUUUCUUUACUUCUGUGUAACAGGUCUAUUAAAAUAAGCUAUUCUAGAUCCAAACAGAAGAUUUGUUGAUAAGAAGAAAAACAGUAAAUCGCCGGCCAAAUCAUUAAAUAAUUAAACAUGGAGAAAUGGUUGAUUUUGCACCAACAGAAAAUGUGAAAAUAUGAUUAAGUGUACUUUAAAAACCGAUAAAGGAAAUUAGAAAUAAAGACGUGCCUGCUUCUGCUGACAUACCAAAAACAAAUAAAGGUUUCAGUCACUAUUUGAGAAUUUAGAAUAUUAUCAGUAUUUAGAAAUAUGUUUCUUUUAUCACAUGUCUAACAGUUGUAAAUACAUUUGUACUGUAUUUAAUUAAACUUUUGUGCUAUUAUGAUUCAUUGCCUGCAAACCAUGAUUUUUUUUGUGUUUAUUCACUGGAUAAGUAAAACUUUGACUUACUGGUGGCACCAGAGGAAAAGUCAGAGGAUCACUAAAGUCUUUAUAAUCCAUCCUCUGGGCAUCAUGUGUUUCUGUACCAAGUUUCAUUACAAUCCAUUCAGCAGCUGUUGAGAUAUUUCAGUCUGAACCAAACUGGUGGACCAACCGACCAGCAUUGCCGUUCCUGGAGCCUUCUGAGUGUCUAGUUGGGGUUUUACUCCCAUCUUGUGGCCUGUAGCUGAACAUAAUCAGCUCUGACUGUAACGUUCAGCUGCUGAUCACAUGCUGAGCACAUGUAGUAUGUGGUAUUUAGGAUUUAGUGGCAUCUAGUGGUGAAGUUGCAGAUUGCAACCAACUGAAUACUCCCCUCAGUGUUUGGUUUGUCCGUUCUGGGCUACUGUAGAAACAUGGUGGCCUCUGUGGAAGACGACCUGCUCCAUAUAUAGAUAUAAAGGCUCAUUCUAAGGUAAAGAAAACACA